CCCGAGUAAUAUAUAAACGCCGUAGGAGAACGAAAACUAAUCAGAAACUUUCAAAAGAUCGGAUGAACCGAAAACAGAUCUUGCCCUCAAAGAAAAUCAACAUGAUGAAUCUUCUAACUUUUAAAAUCUUCUAACUUCUAAAACUUUAUGGUUUAAAUAAUAGCCGAUACAGGAGCAAAAAACAAUGUGGCAUGUUUCAGUCUCUCACCACAUGCCAAACGUUGAUUAGUACCCCCCCUCUUACCUUUUUCCUUUCUAUUUUGUCUUUUCCCGCAUCUGCAUGCAUCACUCUCUUUCCCUCUCCAAUUAUUCUUCUCCUAUAAAUUUGACCACAUAAAUGUCACACAUACACACAUAGAAAAAAUCUCCACAUCUCAAAAAUAUCCCAAAACUUUUUCAAAUUAAAAAAACGCCCACAGAUAAAAAUGAGAAACAAUUUCGUCCCUGCAACUCUCUCCUUCCUCACAAUCAUCAUCAUCCUCUUAACUCCGUCACUCGCACAACCAGAACCUUCCUUUGUCUCCCCCGUAGACCAACUCCUCAACAAAACAAGCUCAUGGCUCGAAUUUCCGACCAAAUUCAACCAACCAAAAAUCGAACUAACAACCUCAACAAUCAUCGCCGCCAUACUCUCUUUCCUCGCCGCAUCAAUCUCAAGCGCUGGAGGAAUCGGCGGCGGAGGGUUGUACGUUCCAAUAAUGACAAUCGUCGCCGGACUCGAUCUGAAAACAGCUUCGAGCUUCUCUGCUUUCAUGGUCACAGGAGGAUCCAUCGCCAACGUGGGAUGCAACCUCUUCGUGAGAAACCCUAAAGCUGGAGGCAAGACGAUGAUAGACUUCGACUUAGCUCUGCUUCUGGAGCCGUGUAUGCUUCUCGGAGUUAGUGUCGGAGUGAUAUGUAACCUCGUGUUCCCGAACUGGCUUAUAACGAGUCUCUUCGCCGUGUUUCUCGCGUGGUCGACUGUGAAGACUUUUGGAAACGGGAUUUAUUAUUGGAGGAUGGAGUCGGAGAUGGUGAAGAGGAGAGAGACGAGACGAGCCGGAGAAGAUGAUGAUGAGGAUAAGAUGGUGAGUGUGAAGACGCCUCUCUUGGGAGAGUGCGAGAGACCGAAGAGGUUUCCAUGGAUGAAGCUUGGAGUUUUGGUGAUUAUUUGGCUUUCUUACUUUGCUGUUUAUCUUCUCCGCGGAAACAAAUACGGCGAGGGAAUCAUAUCGAUUGAACCAUGUGGAAUCACUUACUGGCUUCUCUCAUCAACUCAAAUACCACUCACACUAUUGUUCACUCUUUGGAUCUGCUUCAGUGACAAUGUUCAAGGCAACGAGUGUUCAGAUCACCAAGUCUCCGUUAAGGACAUAGAAGAUUUGAGAUCAAAUGAUGGAGGAAGAUCAAACAAAUGUAUGUUUCCUGUAAUGGCUCUACUAGCUGGACUUUUGGGUGGUGUUUUCGGUAUUGGAGGUGGAAUGCUCAUUAGCCCUCUCCUCUUGCAAGUUGGUAUUGCUCCUGAGGUAACUGCAGCGACGUGUUCUUUCAUGGUUCUGUUUUCAUCCACAAUGUCUGCCAUUCAAUACUUGUUACUAGGCAUGGAAGAUACCGGAACCGCUAGUCUAUUCGCGAUUGUAUGUUUUGUGGCAUCACUCGUUGGACUAAUGGUGGUUCAAAAGGUUAUAACUCAGUAUGGAAGGGCUUCCAUCAUCGUGUUUUCGGUUGGUAUCGUCAUGGCAUUGAGUAUUGUGUUGAUGACAAGCUAUGGAGCUCUUGAUGUUUGGAAUGAUUUUGUCUCCGGUCGUUACAUGGGUUUCAAACUACCUUGUUGAGACCAACCAAAUAAAGUUUUGGUUUCAUAAUAGCAGUGUCUAUUCAUCAUGUUCUAUCAUGUUUUUGUGUUGCUCAUUGUUCCAUUUUUGAAUGAUUUUUAUAUUUAAUAUUCAGAAUGCACAUCUCGUGCAUUCGAAUAUAUGGUCAAAAUAAGUUAUGUUGUAGACCAAAAUUCACGUUCAUAUAAAAUCUUAUGCAUUUCUUAAAUCAU